AUGGUCAAGACCUCCGUCCUCAACGAUGCGCUUAACGCCAUGAACAACGCCGAGAAGGCUGGCAAGCGCCAGGUCCUCAUCCGUCCUUCCUCCAAGGUCAUCGUCAAGUUCCUUGCUGUCAUGCAGAAGCACGGUUACAUUGGCGAGUUCGAGGAGGUCGAUGACCACCGCUCCGGCAAGAUCGUUAUCCAGCUUAACGGCCGUCUCAACAAGUGUGGUGUCAUCAACCCCCGCUACCCCGUCCAGCUCCGUGACCUCGAGAAGUGGGCUACCCAGCUCCUUCCUUCCCGUCAGUUCGGUUACGUUGUCCUGACCACCUCCGCCGGUAUCAUGGACCACGAGGAGGCUCGCCGCAAGCACGUUGCUGGCAAGCUCCUCGGUUUCUUCUACUAG